ACGAUAUUGUUAUCCUGCCACAGUUGAGUCACCCAUGAUGAUAGGUAUAAUGGUAGGGGCUCAGGCUUUCUAUUUCCUUCGUUUCUAUCAAGCCAGCGGCAGCCAUGAGCAUGCUCAGGCUCCAGAAGCGCUUGGCGUCCAGCGUCUUGCGCUGUGGCAAGAAGAAAGUGUGGCUGGACCCAAAUGAAACCAAUGAGAUUGCCAACGCAAAUUCUCGCCAGCAGAUCCGAAAACUGGUGAAGGAUGGACUGAUUAUCAGAAAACCUGUAACUGUUCAUUCCCGCGCGCGCUGCCGCAAGAACACCUUGGCACGUCGCAAGGGACGUCAUAUGGGCUAUGGUAAGAGAAAGGGUACAGCCAAUGCUCGUAUGCCAGAGAAGUUGUCAUGGAUGCGGCGCAUGAGAAUCCUCCGCCGUCUCCUCCGUCGCUACAGGGAGUCUAAGAAAAUUGACAGGCACAUGUACCACAGUCUCUAUCUGAAGGCAAAGGGUAAUGUCUUCAAAAACAAACGCAUCCUGAUGGAGCACAUCCACAAACUGAAGGCAGAUAAGGCUCGCAAGAAGCAGUGCCAAUUAAAUAACGUUAAAAUAACAGAAAAGUGA